ACUGAAGGCUUUUAUUAUUGUACAUGCAAACAAGGCUAUUCAGGAAAUGGAACAAAUUGCCACGAUGUCAACGAAUGUAGUGCAGGUUCUCAUAAUUGCAAUUUCAAUGCAUUUUGUAACAAUAAUGACGGUUCUUUCAAUUGUACAUGCAAAAAUGGUUACUUUGGAAAUGGGAGAGACUGCCAAGAUGUCAACGAAUGCAUUAUAGGAACUCACAAUUGCCAUCAAAAUGCCUACUGCAACAAUACUGAUGGGUAUUUUAAUUGUACAUGCAAACAAGGCUACUCAGGAAAUGGAACAGACUGCCAAGAUGUAAAUGAAUGCGAAACUGAUUCACCAUGUCAUUCCAAUGCUACGUGCAACAACACAGAUGGAUCUUACAUUUGCACAUGUGAUUCUGGAUUUACUGGAGAUGGAUUAACUUGCUCUGAUGCAAAUGAAUGCAAAAUAGAUUUUCCUUGUCAUUCUAACGCCACGUGCAAUAACACAGACGGAUCGUAUAUCUGCACAUGUGAUUCUGGAUAUACAGGAGAUGGAUUUAACUGCACAGAUGACGACGAAUGCCAAAGAGAUUCCCUUUGUGAUUCAAAUGCAUCUUACAACAACACAGAAGGAUCAUACAUUUGCACAUGUAAUUUCGGAUAUAGUGGAGAUGGAUUUAAUUGCACAGAUGUAAACGAAUGUCUAACCGAAUACACAUGUCAUUCCAAUGCUACGUGCAAUAACACAGAUGGAUCUUAUAUCUGCACAUGUGAUUCUGGAUAUACUGGAGAUGGAUUCAACUGCACUGAUGUCAACGAAUGCCAGACAUCUUCCACAUGUGAUGCCAAUGCUUCGUGCAACAACACAUACGGGUCUUACAUGUGUACUUGCGAUUCUGGAUAUAGUGGGGAUGGAUUUACAUGCCCUGAUGUAAACGAAUGCCAAAAAGAUCUUCAAUGUCAUCCAAAUGCUACAUGCAUUAACACAUUUGGAUCUUAUAACUGUGAAUGUUUCUCUGGAUAUACGGGAGAUGGUUUCACCAACUGCACUGAUGUGGAUGAAUGCCUAACAUCUCCCCCAUGUCAUUCCAAUGCUAUUUGCAAUAACACCGAUGGGUCUUAUACUUGCACAUGUGAUUCUGGAUAUACUGGAGAUGGGUUAACCUGCUCUGAUGAAAAUGAAUGCCAAAGAGAUUUCCCUUGUCAUUCUAACGCCAUGUGCAAUAACACAGACGGAUCUUAUAUCUGUACAUGUGAUUCUGGAUAUACUGGAGAUGGAUUUAACUGCACAGAUGUAAACGAAUGCCUAACCGAAUACACAUGUCAUUUCAAUGCCACGUGCAGCAACACAGAUGGAUCUUACAUCUGCGCAUGUGAUUCUGGAUAUACUGGAGAUGGAUUCAAAUGCACUGAUGUCAAUGAAUGCCAGACAUCUUCCCCAUGUCAUUCCAAUGCUUCGUGCAACAACACAGACGGCUCU